UGUCUCUGUAGUUCUUAUCUUUAGGUUUAGUAUAAAACGGUGAUAUUUAUGUACGGAGGAUUUCAACGGGGGGAGACAGUUAAUCUUGACUUUUAUUCCGUCGCCGCCAUUACACCACCGAAGAAGCACAUCCCGCCCUCCUUGUCGAGGCUUUUCUUCUUCUUCUCCUCGGGUUUAAAAAGGCAGUCAUGGAGACUUCGUCCGUGUACAUGUGCUUCCCUUGCUACCAGGAGUUUAACACUUUAGAAGAGGUCCUCAAACACCAGCUGACAUGCACGGCCGAGGAGGAACAACCAGCUUCAUCUGGAACUGACCCGCUUUCUGUCCCAGUGUUGCAAACACAGCAACAUGUGAUAAAUAUAUCCCAGGCAGUUGGAGUCCCACAGUCGGAAGUGUCACAGAUUGAAGUCCAUGCAGGACAUUCCUCUCUGCAGUCUGAGGAUGAAGACCUUGAUAAGCAAUCCUCGGACCAGCCCAGAAUCCUUUACCAGUGUGGAGAUUGUGAUGAACUUUUCAAGAGCCUCCAACAGUGGCAGUUUCACCGCAGAGAAGGGGUAUGCCAGCAGGAUCCUUCAAAGAGCAAGGAUAAGCUGGAUUCAAACGUAGACCCAGAGGCCAUAUCGGACCUGAGCGAAACGAUGCCUUUGUAUGAAGAUGGUUCCUCGUUUUCACACAAUGAAAGCCAUCAAGCAGAGUCAGUGGAUAAGCCUGCAGAUAAUAUAGAGGAGUCUGCAAAGGCCGCUUCCUCUCAGAGCACAGAAGCUGAGGUGGCAGCCUCUAAUCUGGAGGAUUCGUCUCCAAGGAGAAGGGGCUCUAACAAGAAGCCUAAACCUGAACCUGUGCUGCUGUGUGUGGAUUGUGGCUUAUGCUUUGGUCUGGUGUCUGAACUGGUGGCGCACCGUAAAACCCAACACGGCUUUGAGGAGGCUCUGCACCGCUGCUCUGUGUGUGGAGAAAGCUUCCUAAACACCACCCUCUUCCUCUAUCACCGCAAACAGCACCGGCAGAAGGGCGAGGAGAAGGUGGUUGUGGUUCCUGAAGUGGUGCCAGAGGAAGUUUAUACUCAGAGUAAUGGCACCACUGAGCACGAGGCUGCAGGUCUCGCCAGCAGUCCCUCCCCCACGUUCACACAGCCGGAGGUGUUCUUUUGCAUCAAAUGCGGGGAGAGCUGCAACGAUGAAGAGGGGCUGGUCAAGCAUCGGAAGGAGAAGCAUAACCUCAGUGAGCCGCUGCACACUUGCUCCACCUGUGGAAAAACCUUCAUGAACACCACUCGGUACUUGUACCAUCGGCGUGCGCACAGCUUCACAUCCGGGGAGAAGGCUCACAACAAUGAUGAAGCCGUGGCCACGGAACCCGAGGAGAACCCACAGAGCACAAAACGACUCAUGUCCCCCUCCACCUCCGGCGAUGAAUCAGGAUUACCGGCUUCAAAGAAAAACAGGCCCUCCUACAGGAUCGUCAGCGCUAGCGCGCUAAAAGGCAACAAAGGUUCGGGGAGUAAAGAUGAAGUGGAAGGAGGCCCUGCCGCUGACUCGGACAACACAAAUCUCCCCCCGCCUGCCAAGCUCUUACAGGACUGGGCCCGCACUCCGCUGCCCCACGUCUGCCCCUACUGCGGCAAAAAGUUCACACGCCGCGUCUUCCUCCGCACACACGUCUACAGCCACACCGGAGAAAAGCUCUUCACAUGCAAGGUGUGCACAAAGUCGUUCACCAAUUCCCAGAGCCUUCUGCGACACAGCAUGAGCCACACGGGGAACAAGCCGUUCUGCUGUGAUGUUUGUGGGAAAAACUUCUCGCAGUCGGCAACACUGAAGAGACACCAGCAGAUUCACUCAUCACUGCAACCCCGGCGCAAACGAGGACGCAAACCGGUUUGUGCUUUGGACAGUGAAGGAGCAGCUCAUCUUUUUGCCUGCCCCAACUGUCCUUCACGCUUCAGCACUGAAGAACAGCUCAACCAUCACAAACUGCUGCAUACGAGUCACCCGUUCCCUUGUCCAGAUUGCGGAGAGGCCUUUAAACGCCGGAAAGACUUGGACCUUCAUUCCCUCACUCAUCAAGACAAGCAGCCAGCCACAUGUCCUCACUGCGCAUCCCAGUUUAUCAACCAGUCUGUGCUGGAGAUCCACCUUCAGCGUUGUCCCACCACAGAGGAGGAGAGGAACGCGGGGCGUGGAAGAGGCCAGGGGCGAGGACGAAGCACAGGACAGAUUGAGUGCGACCUUUGUGGCCACCGUUGUAUGACACAGGAGGGCCUGGAUCUCCAUCGCUUAUCCCACACAGGCCAGACCCCUCUCAAAUGCCCCGUGAGGCCCUGCCGCCGCCGAUUUACCUCCAACAGUGCCCUGGAGGAGCAUGUGCUGGCGCACUUCCAAGGAACGCUCAGCAAGUCCAAAAACCGACCUCGCUUCCGCUGUGAGAUUUGCCACAAGGAAUUUGCCUACAAAUCCACCUUCAACGUUCACAUGAGGACGCAUACUGAUGAGCGGCCCUUUGAGUGCACCACAUGUGGGAAGCGCUUCCGCCAGCUGCCCCAUCUGCAAGACCACAUGCGAAUCCACAGCGGGGCGCGGCCCUUUUGCUGCUGGAUCUGUGGCAAGAGCUUCAGCGUGGCGGCGCGUCUCACCGAGCACGCCCGCACCCACAGCGGCGAGAAGCCGUACCCGUGCCCUCACUGCGCCGCCGCCUUCCGUUCGCGCCCCAACCUGGACAAACACCUUCGGCUUCACGGAGAGCUGCCGCUGUAUACCUCGGAGGACGCAGUGCAGGCGGCUGAGGCCGCGCAGGUCCAGAAGGUGCUGGAGGGGGCCAAGACGCUGUCGUCUUUGAGCGCCACGGCAGAGGUUGAAUCGGCAACAGUACAGACCAUAUAUGUGCUGCAAGGAGCUGAAGGGACCACUGAGACGGUCAUGAUCCCCUCGGAUCAGCUGGGCGGGAUAGAGGGAGCCUCACAGGUCGUCAUCCUGCCCUCCUCGGUCCUGGGAGCUCAGGGCAUCACUGUUCCCACCAUCACCAUGGAGGAUAGUGAAAUCACAAUGGUGGAGACGAGCCAGUCACCCCAACACACCAUCGAGUUUAUCGUAGAGGAAACGGUUUGAGGUCAACUAAAAACUGUCGUAUAGACGUGGACAUUUUAAUUUCAGUGAGUAGGUUCAUACCUCCUACAGCAAUCAUCUAGUUUCAGCAAGUGUCAUAUUUUAAUUAGUUGUGUUUCAAAUUUGUAAUGAUGAAUUUUUACAUGUUAAAUUGUGCAAGAAAGAAUUUUGUAGAUAUGCAAAAAAAAGGCAUUUGAUUUAUGAAGUCCUAAUCUGUGGAAAUCCUUUUUAUUUGAAAAUAGAUUUGUCAGCAUGAAACAUGCUCUGCUUCCCAAUAAAAAGCUCCAACUCCACA